AUGGCGCCGCCCACGCACCCGUUCCCGCUCAGCGCCCUCGACCAGCGCGUGCAAUACCACACCGCCGACUUCAAGGAAAAGAGCAGGAAACUAGGAGACUUCGACCUGAAGCGGGACUGCGAACUGCUCGAGCUGGUGCAGUACAGUUGCACCACGCCCGAAGAACAAGCCGAGCGGCUCGUUGCGAAUCCGCAUGCAGACAUUGGCAUGGAGUGCCACCCGUUUGUACGACUGUUUAGAAAGUGCGAAAAGAACGGCAAAGUGUUCCACGUCGAGACCACAGCUUGGGAGGGCGAGCAUGCAUGGAAACCACAGCCAGGAUCUUCACGACCGACAUCAGCAGCUAGGAGCACCAAAGCCGACGAUGAAUCAACCAUAAAUGCCAUCACGAGAUACGCUACUUAUUUCUGGUCUGAAAAAUGA